CCUUCCUCCACUUCUCAAAAUAAACCUACAAUCUACCAUGAAUCUAGAUCCUGUCGUGGCUCUGUAUCUUACCAGCCUUUCUCCAAUUCUCAAACCGAACCUACAACCUACCAUGAAUCAAGAUCUCAUUUCGAAUUUAUACUUAACAAUGAAAAUACGCGUCGUGAUACUAGUUCUCAACAAGCGUCACCUCAGUAUGAAACUGAACCUGAAGCUGAACCUUCAGUAUCUCAACAAGCUGAUUUAUUUUCAUCUCAAUGUCUUUCCCAAGAAGAUGCUGAUGAAUUAUUUG